CAUAUCAACAUCAACCACACACACCAUCACCUGGGAAGAACCUGUCGUCACCAAUUACUUCCAAAUUAAAGUCAAAUUUCGAGACUUUUUAAGGAUAUAAAUAUGUCUCAGUGUUGUAUAGCGAUGAGGGAGAACUUAGGAGCCGUGUGUGAUAACUGGGACGCUGGUGAGAGGAGAAAUUUCAUUGCUGCUGUUGUUUCUGGAGCUUUAUUCGCCCUGGGUUGGUGGCUUGUUAUAGACGCAGCCGCUCGUUACCCCAGCACUGAAGAGUUCAACCACGCCUACCAUACAUGUGGAGUGAUCGCUAGCCUGGCCAUGCUAAUGGUAAACACAGUCAGUAACGGACAAGUACGCGGGGACAUGUACACAGACGGCUGCAUCGGUCCUUAUGGUGCUCGAGUGUGGCUCUUCCUCGGGCUAAUGCUCAGCUUCGGGUCGCUCAUCGCAGCCUGUUGGAUCCUCUUCGGGGGCUACGUCAUCGCAAAGUCCGCGGUACAGUGGCCAGGCGUUGCUAUAUUUCUCCAGAAUAUGUUUAUCUUCUUCAGUUCAAUCAUCUAUAAGAUCGGCCGCUCAGAGGACAAUUGGAGCUAGACGUUCACUUUCCCUAUGAACGUUCAAGCUCCCUCUCGUCGUUCACACACCUCGACGAAUGUUCACGCCCCAGAUUAAUGUUCACUCCUUCGACGAACGUUCAGAAUUGUAAAUUGCCUGAUAAUUCCCCUUGUGUCUUUUCCAUAUACUGUAUUAGUGGGGAUAUUAGUCUGUAUAUAAUUGUUUAAGCGUAGUAACUAAUCCUUUAAACAGGCUAUUGAACUGUUUUAUGUGUUUAUGAACGGUGAAGCCUUGAAUGACGACGGUCCUCCAAUAUUGCAGUGUGAGGUGAAUCAUUAAUUACUGUUAAAAUAAGCAAUAAUGAGAUGUGUUCCCUCGUGUGACCUUUUCAUGUCUUUCGUGUGGCUUUUUACGCUCCUCUACCCCCCAAAAAACUAUACAAUUAAUGAAAAAUACAAAUUAUAUUCUUUAAAUGAUGUUUGUGAAUGAACUUUAUACAAUAUAAAUGAAUAAUAAUAUGGUCACACAAGAGGAGAUGGGACGCUAUUGUUGUUGUCAGUGUUAACAGCCAUAGUGUCAGUUAUCAUCUAAAACUGAAGAAAAUAAGACCCUGGUUGUUGCUGUAGUCAAAUUAAUAUAAAAAAAAUAUGUAUGUUUUACUUAAUAAUAUGUUCAUUGCUUGUUCCAUAUAAUAUCCACAGACCUCUCACCUUUUUUCAUAUCGUUUUAACACAUCUAGUUUCUCGGUUAAGCUUAUACACUUUCUAUUACCUUUUGAAACAACACUACCAUCACUUGCUCAGGUUGAAUAGGGACCCAAAAAAUGUCGUAAGAGGCCCGAGAAGGUUUUUCUCCUAUUGCUGUUCUGAUGCGUGAAAACAAAAGGUCCGCCAGCUGCGAGUGUUUAUACCGGGGUCACCACUCACGAGCCAGGCAGUGUCCGUGCGCAAGGCAUAUUUUUUACGUGUGUAAUUCAUAUUGGGAUUUUGUUAUUAUUUAUAUGAAAUUGUAAUUUUACUUCAUUUUUUAUAAUAUUUCCGUCAUAAAUACGAAGGAAAUAACGGUGUAAAUUGAAUUGGGUCGUAAAUUAACCCAGGGUCUUAAAUAUGAACCAUCGUUAGUAGAACCGUCGUUAUCGGAGGCUUUACUGUACUGACAAAGGUACAUUUUUAGGAGUAAUAUUGUAAUAAUUUAUCCAUGACUAAAACACCAUAUUGCACUGUACACUAUACCUUCAUUAAUAUGACCAAAAGGCGGCCUCUAUGUCACCUUAUUUAUUGACAAAUUUGUAUUAACCGGGAUUGGAUUAUUCGACGCUUGAUUUUGUGUUUGUUUAUUUGUUUGUUUUAAGGCCACGUCAUUUUUUAGUCCUGUUUAUUUGUUGGUUUUCUUGCCACGGCAUAUUUUUAGUCGCAAUCCAGAUUAUAACGAUCGUAAUUAGCGAAGGUAUAGUGUAGGUGCCGUAGACUAACAAAAACACAGGUUGUCGUUGUUUGUUAUGUAUCUUGGUGAACAAAAACAGUAGUUACAGUAGUUGUUUUUUGUUAUUUUAUGUUCAUUUAGGAUUUUAAUUUAAUUUCUUUAGCCCCUGAGCGACACGGGCACGAAUGUAACCACGUCCUGGGUUCGUGUCCUGACCUGGGAUAGAUUUGAGAGGGGCAUUAUCCAGUGUGACCCUACCAUCAGGUGACAUUGUGUUACAUAAGGUUUGGUUAGGUUCGGCUAUACUAGAUUAGGUGAGGUUACUUUAGGUUAGGUUAGGUUAGGUUAUACUAGAUUAGGUGAGGUUACUUUAGGUUUGGUUAGGUUAGGUUACCAUACCUCUCUCUUGUAUUAACACACUGGAUAAUAAAGGUCGCAACAAACUAACAGGCCAACGACCCUUAAUGGCAAGUAGGCUGAUAAAUAGUGAAAUGGGAAAUUAAAUAUCACAACGGAAACUUCAAAAAUAGGGACCAAUUUGGAUUAAACCAUUUCCCUUUUUUUUUCUGCAAUUUUGGAUUAUUUCCCAAUUACAGGUGAACUUACUACGAUAUUUAUAAGUGUCGAUAGUGACUUGUGUACAGCCCCUGGGGUUACUACAGUUCUAGAUCCAUAAGUACAUUAUAAGUGUAUGUGAAAAGUAUAUGUAAAGUGUAACUACAGACUUAUACUGUGAAUAAAUACUUAUAUUGUUACUUAUAAACACUCCCUGGUGACAGAUUACUUAGAAAAUGAUGUUAAAAGUCCUGUACAAGUUAACUGUUUGUUUGUUAGGGUGAAAAUCCUAUAAAAUUUCCUCCUCGGUGGAUUUGAUUUGUUUAUGAAGGAAAUCAAGUCAUUUUUCUAAACAAGUAGCUCGUCGUUUGGUCUCGUUUACCUGCGGAGUCACAUCGUUAGGCCGUUCUCUCACCUGUGUUCACGUUUUGCUUUAAUUAUUAUUUUAUCGUCAUCUCUGCCUUUUUUAUUUAUCUGUUCAUUGGAGGUCUCUGUACUUUUAGCUGUAGUUCUUGAGUAUAAAUUAUAUCUGUAUUUA